GCCUUGCGCGUCACGUCUUAAAAGCACGCAGCCAGGCAGAGUGUAGUUGUUGUCAUUUGUAAACAACGUUGUGAGCUAUAGGUGCAGCUGUCCCCUCCUGGCACCGUACACCCCCACCCCCGUACUGCUCGGUGGGCUUUUCAGACUUUAGACAGUAUAGUAAUACACAGCUCUGGCGGAGUGCUGCACAUACACAGAGAGAGCGACACUCUUUCUGGCUCCUCACAACACGGCUAGCUUCAGCUAGUGGCACUUAGCAGUCAUGGAGUGGCUGGGCAACGGAGCUUCACUUCACCCCGAGGAAGAGUCCACUAGAGACCCGGCUUCAGAGGCCAGGGGCUUCACCGGUGUUUAUCCUCAAAGACAGCCCCCUCCACCGCCCCUCUGUGACUGUCCCAUGGCGUCACUGUGCCAGAGCCAGCAGCGCUGCGUGAAGGCCUCCAUCGUGUCCAGCUGGAGACUAGCCGAGGCGCAGGACCAGCUGUGUUCGUUAGGGGUCCACAGCUCCGAGUCGCUGGAGCAGGAGCGCGCUCGGACUCGGGUCUGCCCCACGGAGCUCACGCACACCGAGGAGGAGUGGCGUCGGAAGGAGAGCAUGCUAGGAGGUCAGGGACCCAGCCGCAGUCCGGUGCUUGGAGCCGUCGGGAGUUGGGACGUUUUUGAUAAAAGUAUCAUCAAUGUCGACAAUCAGUCUGUAGAAACUGAUCAGGACAAGUGUGAAACGUUCCUCCAAAAGUAUGAACAAGAGCUCAGGCAUUUUGGUAUGUUGCGGAGAUGGGACGACAGUCAGCGAUUCCUUGCUGACAUGCCUCAUCUCAUCUGCCAGGAAACGGCGAACUACUUAAUUCUGUGGUGCACGAGACUACAGCAGGAAGGGAAAGAAGCUCUCAUGGAGCAGGUGGCACACCAAGCUGUAGUUAUGCAGUUCAUCCUGGAGAUGGCGUCCAACUCUCAACAGGAUCCUCGUGGCUGCUUCAGAGAGUUCUUCCACAAAGCCAAAGAAGGACAGGACGUCUACUUAGAGGUCUUCCAUACAGAACUUGAGGCCUUCAAACAGAGAGUUAAAGAGUACACACUCAAAUGUAGGGCUGACACAUCCAACAUGGAACAGCAGAAUACUGGCACAAACUGCAGACUCGACCCCAAAGAAGCACUAGACUCUUUACCACCAGUGGCAGAGUAUCCUGUGAAGCGGUGUUUAGAUGCAGGACUUUGGACAAGCACGGGGUGGUGGACAAAAGAGGACACUACAGAAACAGACGACAUGCGUAUGAUGGAGACCUCCUAGGGGACGCCCGAGUGGCCCCCUGCUUUUCUUCCAUCUCCAUCGUCUCAUUUAGGAACUAUUUUUAAGAAGCAGACCAGGCUUGAAAAACACGAAUGCAGAUCAGGAACAAACAGGACGGUCGAUGGAGAGCCUGCAAGAUACAACAUUGUGCUAAUGACGAACGUUUCUCAAUGCUGCUGUUGGUAUGAUACUGUGGUUGGCCUCUGGCAAGUUGGCUUCCUGCUUGACUACUGCGAGCUAAAUGCAUGUGUUGUGCCAUAAUCAUUGUUUCACAGAUGCGAGUUUAUUCCAGGCUAGCGCACUGAAUCCAGACAACACAAAGAAUACUAAACCCCUAAAGUCUCUGGACAUAAAUCAGAUGGGCACCGAAUCCAGUGUCUGAAGCCGGGGGAUUGUCAGAAAAAUCAUGACAGGAGACGAGCACAACCGAGACAGAUCAAUGUCUUCGUAUCCUGUGUGAUACUAUACGUUUUAGUCGAUGUGUACAGUACUGCAGUCUGUAUUGCGAAGUCAGUUGUGAUUCUGUUUGAUUUGCAGGUGCAGAAUACAGGAACUACUGCAAAGCGAAGGCGGUUGUUUUGUAGGUGGAUUAUUUAAUUUUAAUAAUUGUUAAAGAAACAAAACAUGUCAGUGAUUCAGAAUUUCCAAAAAGGUGUGGAAUAGAAUCAAAUGGGGACAAAUGUCUUUGACAAAUGUCUUGACUCGUAACGCUUCCAUUUAUGCGACGUAUAGUAACGGUCGAGGAGCAGGCUGCACCUGUUGAUCUCAACACGUAGAAGAAGAACGCUGCGUUUGCAGUUGUCUGGAUUCAUGUAUCUAGACGUCAGUUUAACAGAACAGAUGGAAAGUCGGACAUUUUUUUUUAGGUUGCAUGCAGGUCGGAUUUUACGUGUGAAGGAGUUGCACGUAGCCCCACGGGUCUCUCAGGUUAACGAUAGGAGAGGAUAAAUAAUGCAAUAUGUGGAGGUGGUUGUGGGCUACCUGAUGACGAACAAUUAACCACAGAUGUUUAAAAGAUGGUCGCUUUUGGUGCAAGUUUUAAACUUUUGCCUGGCUGACUCUUCAUUUACCCACCAACCAGAGGGCUCCUACUGUUUGUUGCUGUUGCUAAGUUACGCAAACAACAUCCUUGUGGGAGCCUGUUGCCACGGGAAAACCCUGAAAACUCGUAAAUAGUUUUUCUUAAAAAAGCAAAAAAUGUGCAGUAGAUGAAAUACUUACACAUAAAAACUGAAAUCUGGUGAAACGGUUACUAACCUUAGCUGUCGCACCUCCACCCCAACUAUUAUUAGGGGUUUACAGUGUUUUUUUUUUUAUGUGAAUGGACCCCACAUUGAUAUUGUUUGCCUGGCCUAGCAACAGUAACCAGGAAGUAGAGACUUGACUAAGAGUAGGAGCCCUCUGAUUUUUUUUGGCCAAUCAGAAGGCCUACUUCUUGCCCUGCUAGAACGGCUGGAGGUUUAAGAUUAAAUUAAACAGAGAGGGUAUCUGGCGCUCGUCUAGAAUGAUUAGCAACGUGGCCUUACAGCUUCAGCUCUGAACAGAAGGAGGCUGGUAAAAGCACAAAUAGCGGGAGCAUCUCACUAAAAGGCAUUGAAUUUGGAUUUUGUGUAACCACUUUCACGAAAAGUAUCCCUCCGUGUUGUCUGUGCCGUCAUUGGAAUCUAAACUGUCAAGCCAACAAUAACGCCGCAUAGCUAGAAAAUAAAUUACUGUCCGCAUACACCGCAGAAUAUAUACAGUGAGUUCACGAAAGUUAUCGUUGUGCACAAGAGCUUUGAUACGUAUGUUUACAUUUCUGCGUAGAUAUUACUCAGAACCUGAAAGUCCUGAAAGUAGGCUAAAAGAACGCAAACAAAUGAAACAGGAAUAUUAUGUCUUGGUAUUUGUUUAUCUGGGAAAAUGAGCCAAUAUUGCAUAUCUGUGAGGUUCAAAAUGAAAUGCACCUUCAGGGUUGCAAGUUAUCUUCAAGGCCAUAUUUUGUUGGGAAGUGUUUACAAAUGAUGCCGUGAGAAGGGUUCACCGAAUUCACCUCACAGAUAUGUUAGAAAUACGAAUAAACAAACACACAUUCCUGUUUCAUUUGUAAGUCAGAGAUGAAUAACAGCGUGUUUAUGUGAGAGAAGGAAUUCAGCUUUUGAAGCAAAUGUUUCUUUUACAAAAGGCUAAACCAGCUCAGCUUUAGUGUAACGAGGGUUCACUGUCAGCCAAAUGUUGCUCCCGCAGGAACCUGUUUUCCUCACCCGUUCACAUUGCCAGCGUCUUUGCUUUUAACAACCCGAUCUUUAUCCGGCACCUGAAACAAAGUCGCAACCGCCAGUCUCCUCAUGUUAAUGCUCUGCGCACUCUGCUGUCAGUGGUGUGUCGGUGAAACCUUUUGACUCUGGGAUGCUUUAAAAAGCACCAGAGAAGGAGGAAAGAAAGAAAAAAAAAAGGGCUGAGCUCGAGAGGCUGCCGGUGUGCAGAAAGGAGCUCUCUGCAUCCGAAUGUGUCCCACACUUUAUAUUUCACGCCUCAAAACAAAAACGGAGAGAGAUCAAAAUAAGAGUUUUUCCAAGUACUUGACUCAUUCAUCCUCGUUAUUGUUUGUUGUGCUGCAUCUAAAUUUCUGAGCAUUUUUAUUUUGCAAGCUACAUGAGCUUGUUAAUCGUGUGACAUUUUUUUUGUUUCGUAUGUUUGUGUCGGCUGCUGAACUUAUUCUUUUUCAACAAGGACAACAACAACAAAAAAAAAUAGGUGUCUGCAAAAAUCCAUUCACUGACAUUAGUUCAUUUUUACGUUUCUUUAAUAAUACGAUUAAAAGCAGUGACUUAAAGUUGA